UGUAAAGUGUUAUUCCUCAAUCUGUUUAAAAUGUGAAUGUUCCUUAGAUCUAAUUCAGACACCUUGGCAAGUUUCACCAGUUUUAGUUAUGUGCAGUGGUUAUGAAAAUAUAAAUUUUAAUAACACUUUAGUGCUACCAUUAAGAGCAUCAAGAGCUAUUAUGUCUUAUAUGAAAUUAAAAAAUAUUCCAGAUAGAACUUUGUUAAAUAGUUCUUCUUUGGGCUACCUUGAUCUUUCAGCAAAUAAUAUAGAUACAAUACCAGAAGGAUCUUUUGCCUUAUUAUCAGGUUUGAAACACCUGGACAUAAGCAGGAACCGGAUUAGCAGGAUAUACAUUGGUAGUUUUCACAAUUGUUUAAACUUACAAAUAUUAUCAAUGUCCCAAAAUGAGUUGACAUUGCUGCCUCACCGAUUUAACGAAAAAAUUCAAUUUGUUGAAAACUUGGAUAUUUCUUAUAACCCACUAGGCGCAUAUUAUGAGUCCGAUGGUCAUUUUUUGCAUCCUAUGGUAUAUGGAGAAGCUCCAAAAUUGUUGUCACUAAAUUUGGAUGGUAUUGGAUUAAAAAUAAACGAAAAAACAAAUAGUUUUAGUAUACAAGGAGCAAGAAAUCUGCAAAAUCUUACCAUGCGUGGUAAUUCAAUGGAAGUUAUGCCAAGUUUGCCGAGAUUUUUGCGGUAUAUUGAUAUUUCCAGAACGGGAGUGAGAAAAAUUAAACAAGAUACAUUCCCCACAUUGCAACAACUGCAAUCACUAAUCAUCCAGGAUUCUUUGAAUUUGACUGAAAUACAACAAUAUGCUUUAAGUGGAUUUCCUGAAUUAAAAGAAUUUAAGUUGGAUGGAUGUCGAAAACUGCAAAAAUUUAGUGAAUUAGCAUUUGGCCGAGACGUGCUGAACUCAAAAUUAGAAACCCUCACUAUGUCUGGAACAUACUUAAGUUCUUUGGACAGUAAAUUGAAACCGGUGUUUCAAAACUUAACAACGUUUGAUUUAUCAGGAGCCCCUUGGUACUGUAAUUGUUCUGCGUCCUGGCUGAUUCCUCUCGUCAAAGAAACUCUUCAAUGUGCCUCACCAUCUGCAGUUAGUGGAUAUCCUUUAUCAGAAUUGGAUUCUGGUGAUCUCCUUUGUGCACCAGAAGGACCUUAUGGCAGUACUGAGACUAUUGUAGCAGUUCUGGUGUCUUUUGGAUCCUUACUGAUGUCUGUAAUUGCUAUAUACCUAAUUUGCCAAGGUGCAAAAAUAUCGAGACGAGUGUUUCUGCAGAAGUCACCAGGAACACCAGGAGCUGGAUCUCCUUACGGACGUGUUACUGUUGAGCCGAAUAAUGCUGAACAAAUUAACGUGUAA